ACCCCACCGCCCUCGGAGCUUUCCCUGCGGCGCAGCCUCUCCGCCAGAGCCGCGGGUGUGCGGAGCAGCCGGGGGCUCCUCAGCACCCAGGCGCCAGGGCCCUCGCCCUUGCCCUUCCGCAGCCUUGACUCCAGCCCUCCGCUCCCGCAAGUCAUGAGGUUGCCCUUCUACCGCUGCCAGAACACCACCUCGGUGGAAAAGGGCAACUCGGCGACGAUGAGCGGGGUGCUCUUCAGCACCGGCCUCCUGGGCAACCUGCUGGCCCUGGGGCUGCUGGCGCGCUCUGGGCUGGGGUGGUGCCCACCGCGUCCACCGCGCCCGCCGCCCUCGGUCUUCUACGUGCUGGUGUGCGGCCUGACGGUCACCGACUUGCUGGGCAAGUGCCUCCUGAGCCCCGUGGUGCUGGCUGCCUACGCUCAGAACAGGAGCCUGCGGGUGCUUGAGCCUGCAUUGGACAACUCGCUGUGCCAAGCCUUCGCCUUCUUCAUGUCCUUCUUUGGGCUCUCCUCUACACUACAACUCCUGGCCAUGGCACUGGAGUGCUGGCUCUCCCUAGGGCACCCCUUCUUCUACCAACAGCACAUCACCCUGCGCCGGGGAGCGCUGGUGGCCCCGGUGGUGAGCGCCUUCUGCCUGGCUUUCUGCGCUCUACCUUUCGUGGGCUUCGGGAAGUUCGUGCAGUACUGCCCCGGGACCUGGUGCUUUAUCCAGAUGGUCCACGAGGAGGGCUCACUGUCGGUGCUGGGCUACUCCGUGCUCUACUCCAGCCUCAUGGCGCUGCUGGUCCUUGCUACCGUGCUGUGCAACCUGGGCGCCAUGCGCAACCUCUACGAAAUGCACCGGCGGCUGCAGCGGCACCCGCGCUCCUGCACCAGGGACCGCACCAAGCCCCAUGCCAACGGAAGGGAAGCGUCCCCGCAGCCCCUGGAGGAGCUGGAUCACCUCCUGCUGCUGGCGCUCAUGACCGUGCUCUUCACUAUGUGUUCCCUGCCCGUAAUUUAUCGUGCUUACUAUGGAGCAUUUAAGGAUGUCAAGGAGAAAAACAGGACCUCUGAAGAAGCAGAAGACCUCCAGGCCUUGCGUUUUCUAUCUGUGAUUUCAAUUGUGGACCCUUGGAUUUUUAUCAUUUUCAGAGCUCCAGUAUUUCGGAUGUUUUUUCACAAGAUUUUCGUAAGACCUCUUAAGUACAGGAACUGGUGCAGCAAUUCCACUAACAUGGAAUCCAGCCUGUGACAGUGCUUUUCACUCCGUGGUAAGCUGAGGAAUAUAGCACAUUUUCAGUCAAAGAACCAUGAUUUAAAAAAAAAAAAUCUUACAAUUUAAAUCCUUAAAAGUUAUCUCCCAUAACAAAAGCAUGUAUAUGUAUUUUCAAAAGUAUUUGAUAUAUCUUAACAAUGAUUUGUCAUUCAAUAGUCAGGAAGCCCUUCAGUGCAUUUUCAUUUUGUUAUUAACAGCAACUAAAAUUUCAUAUAUUGUAACCAAUGUUAAAAGUCUUAAAAAGCAAUGCUAUUAAUUGUCCCUACAUUUGUACUUGGUGGCCCUAAUUUUUUUAGAGAGGUCUUGAGAUGUUGGUCUUUUAAAAUAUAGUAGAAACACCACGGUUUAUGAUUAUGUGAUGGGGGCGUUCUUAAAAAGGACAAUUUCUUACCCUAUUCAUUUUUGGUGAAACCUCAUUCAUUGAGUUUAUAUCAUCAAUGCCCCUAUUUAGUUCAUCUCUUUGCCAAUUGAUCUAAGCAUAGCCUGAAUUAUGAUGUUCCUCAGAGAAAUGAGGUGGGAAAUAUGACCAUGUCAGGCAGCUGAAGGGGCUUCCCCAGCCACGAUCCGGGAAUACUUGCUGCCUCAUGAGGAGACCUAAAGCUAUAACUAGACACAGAGCAAGAUAUGACUAUAGCCUACAACCCAAAGAAGCAAAAAUUCAUUUUUAUCUUUUGAAGUCCAGUUUCUUUUGUAUUGAGUCAAGGUUGUCAGUAGGAAUCAAACUUUGGGGGUGGGUUGCAAAAUGUUCUUUCAGUUUUUAGAACCUUCAUUUUAUAAAAGGUUUAUCCUAUCGAUGGAUUCCUGGGUGGAAGGAUUUAUGCUUCUUUGAAAACCAGUAUGUGACUUACUGUAGAGCCACGUUCACUGUUUGACUGUGUGGCGCAGUGGGGCAUCUGGCACAGCGAAAAGCCCACACAGGACUUGGUCAGCCUCAGUUGAAGAUGACAAUGGCUAUAACAUCUACCUUAACAGCUACUUAUUACAGCCAUAUUCUGCUUUGUGGAGACAGUAAGACCUUAGGUUCCAAGAUCUACUUCAAAUUACACUUUCAAAACUGGAGCAGGAUAUAGCUGCAAAAGAGCACAACUGAGCACUUUAAUAGCAAUUUAAAAGUUUACAAGGGUCAGCAACAUGAUGACCUAAAGAGAAAAGUGGAGGAAACGCAGCUGCAACUGAAAUGGAGACUCUAAACCCAGCUUGCAGGUAAGAGCUUUCGCCUUUGGUAAAAGAACAGAUCGGAGAGGUUAGAGGGGUUUCAGCACCUCUGGAGUUCCUUUGGAUCCGACACUCUAUCUGGGACUCCGAGAUGCAAAGCCUGCUACAUUUGCAUAGUCUCAAGACUUCUAGCCGGAAGUCCCUUCCAAAGACAAGAGUACUCAUGUUUACUUAUUUCCAACUUAGCGGCAACCUCAUUUGUUUCAACUCUGGUUUUUCUAGUAUCUCAGAGAUAGUAUAAAGCUGGAUACAUGUAUAUAAUUUUUUUGGUAUAGCAAAACUGUGAAAAAGGCAAAUUAGGAAUACAAGAAGUAUAAUUUGACAAUAACAUGAUGAAAAAAAUGUAGUUGUUUUUGAAAUUUCACUUUGGUUUGUAUCUUCUAUGUGUAAGUACAUGUGUGUUUUAUUGUCAGAGGAAGAACAUUUUUGGGGAGGUGUGUUACGAUAAUUGUCCAGUUAAUGUGAAAAGUCUCCAGAUGAAUCAAUAAAUAUAAUUUUGUAAUAUUUUG